CUCUCCGUGAAUGGGAAGUUGGAGGCCACUCUAACGCCGCUCCAAUACAUGACUUUGCACGCCGUGGAAGGAACCUAGCGUACAUCCAGCAACGUCCCGCAAAAUCAGUUGCACAGCAAGACAAAUUCCUGACCCGCCUGUGAAGGAAUCUGAAGCUCAUGAUGACGUCGCGCGUUGCAAAGCAAUUCGCUGCCUUGGAUCCGUCGACGCCUGCGAGGAAGGUUGGCUCCGAGGGGGCGCUACGCACGAAAAGGGUGCACGCGAUGCAGCGAGAUUCUAAGCGUGCGCACUUGCAGCAGCAGCAACAAAAGCGUUCCGGAAGGGAAGGUGGAAGACUCAAAGCGCAUACAUCCGACAUGCACGAGCCGGCUAGCUCUACCUGUGCUGCGGACCUGAGCACUCUGACCUUGAAAUUACGCAGUCCGAUUCAGCGUCGCACUUUCCAGCCAACCUUCCGCGCGCUGCAGCAUGAGGACCAGGCCGGAAGCAGUGCUGAGAGCUCGGACGAGGACAAGGAUGGCGCCGUUGAUGAUCGGGCUCAUGAUCUUGCGCCAGAGGAUGAUCAAGCUGAACGCAUAGAGAACGAAAAACUGAAGCGUGACCGCGCGUACGUGGAACGCGCGAAGGACAUCACAUCCAGUAUUGGUGGUGCGCGCGUGUUGCUGGGGGCGGAUCCAGGAUUGUAGAUCAGCUG